GCAUGAUGUGGGCUCGGUUGCUGCUCGGGGGUUCGGGGUUCGGGCUGCGGGCUUCCAGGGACGGUUUGCAGCGGCUCGCUGGAGCUGGAUGUGCGGGGAAGAAACAGCAGCAGAGACAGGCUUCAAGUGCUGGGGCUGCCUUGAAGAAGACUCAGCUGUUUGACUUCCACAGGGAGCAGGGAGGAAAGAUGGUGGAGUUUGCAGGCUGGAGUAUGCCUGUCCAGUACAAAGACAGUCACAUCAUCUCACACAUGCACACCAGAGAGCACUGCUCCAUCUUCGAUGUCAGCCACAUGCUGCAGACCAAAGUCCAUGGCAAAGACAGGGUGAAAUUCAUGGAGUCUCUAGUAGUUGCAGAUAUUGCAGAACUCAAGGACAACCAGGGUACAUUGUCCCUCUUCACCAAUGAGAAAGGAGGGAUUAUUGAUGACCUCAUAGUGACAAAGACAGACAAGGGCUACCUCUAUGUCGUCUCCAACGCUGGCUGCGCCGACAAGGACUCGGCUCAUAUGAAGGCCAGACUGGCAGAAUUCAAAGCUGCAGGUUUUGAUGUGGAUUUGGAGUUCCUUGAUGAAGCACUGAUUGCUCUACAAGGUCCAUCCAUGUCUCAGGUGCUCCAGGAGGGGCUGAAGGAGGACCUCAGUAAACUGACCUUCAUGACCUCCACCUUGGCCACUGUGUUCGGUGUUCCUGGCUGCAGGGUCACCCGCUGUGGAUACACUGGAGAGGACGGGGUGGAGAUCUCCGUCCCUCAGUCCAGAGUGGUGGAGCUGACAGAGAAGCUGCUUGCUAACGGCGAGGUGAAGCUGGCUGGUCUGGGCGCCAGGGACAGUCUGCGGCUGGAGGCGGGGCUUUGUCUCUAUGGCAACGACAUAGAUGAGACCACCACACCUGUGGAGGCCACCCUAGUCUGGACCAUAGGAAAGCGUCGGCGUCAGACCAAGGAUUUCCCCGGCGCUGACAUCAUUGUACCUCAGAUCAAAGCCAAGACAGCCAGAAAGAGAGUCGGUCUGGUGUCCACUGGACCCCCUGUCAGACAACACAUACCCAUACUCGGCCCUGAUGGAAAGAUCAUAGGUGAGGUGACCAGUGGCUGCCCCUCUCCCUGCCUGAAAAAGAACAUUGCCAUGGGUUACGUGGAUGCGGCAUUCGCUAAGAACGGAACAGCCAUCCAGGUCGAGGUGAGGAAAAAAGCAGUGCCCGCUACCAUCAGCAAGAUGCCUUUCGUCCCAACCAACUACUAUACUGGAUAGGAGGGACACACACACAAACACAAAUAUACCUUACACAUACCCAUACACAUGCAUACAUAUAUAGUACAUAUACUUAAACUGGACCAUUCCUCCACUCUGUUCCAUAUUCACCAAUGCUGCCCCCUUCUGUUUACCUCUGCCAAUGCAACACCAAUGUAAGACUGAAAGUCUUCAUUGGGGAGUCCUGAGAGAAAAUUAUCUAAAAUGAUAAACUUUGUGAAAUACAGUAUGUGUGCUGGUGUAAUAUUAUGAAGCACAUUAAAUGUGUAAGAAUUUGUAUUUGAGACACUAAAGCAGAGACACAGCAUACAGUUUCACAGUAUAAACUGACAGGUGGUUUGAGGACAACGGGUCCUCACAUGUAAUGCGCAGGACAUAUUAAACAUCAGGCUGUCAUUAUACAAACAGUCAGUAUGCUACCUGUGUGUGUUUAAGAAAUGCAGAGUUCAGUAACAUGGCUUCACCUGUGGAUGGAUGUGCAUGAAAUAAAUUACAAGCAGUACUGUUGAGUCAGAGAAUGUGUAUAUAUAAUGGUAUGGGCCUAGACGCUCUGUUAACAUGGUUCAUAGACUAAGUUCUGUUUUAUCUUUUUAUAUUUUGUAAGUGGACAGCAGGUUAAACUUAAUCAACUUACUGCACUUUCAGUAAGAACAAAAACAUUGAGGCUGUGUGGAUCCAUUAAACACAAGUAUUUAAUUAACUUUUUGUUGUAGAAUAUAGGUUUUGCUAAUGAAACAUGGCAGCAUUUACUUUGUCACUGCUGGACCAAAACAAAGAGAUUCCAAAUUGUUCUUUUGAUGUUCAGUCACUACAUGUCUUUUUUAAGGUCUUUCAAAUACCACAGAGCCAAAUUUCCAUUCAUAUUAUUGUUGGUAGUAAGCAGCUUAAUCAAGGGAGGCCAAACAGGGCCAGCUCAUAACCCUUCCAACACAAAACCCCUACCUGAAAUAUGCUAAUUAACACAACCGUGCCAGUUCAGUUUGUGGAAUUGGCAUUUUUGUGUUAAUUAACAGAUGUUCUCAUCAAGUUCUUGUUUGGAGGGAUUUUGAGGGAGUUCUGCUUAGCUCUGUUGAUAUGGUCAAUAACCUGAUCUCCACAAAAGAUAAAACCUGACCAGAUAGUUUCUCAGACUGUUAAUAAUAAUAUAAUAUGAUGACCUGAAGGAGAUAUUUACCCUACAUGAGGUACAAUGAUAAUCUAAGUUGAAAAGAUGUUAACUGUCUUAUGUGUGUUCUGUCUUGAAACUAAUUAAAUGUAAUUUCUGUAUUAAACUA